CUAAUGGAUGAUCUAACCCAACAAAUGCAGCAAAUGGCAACAAAUUGUGAGCAAUUAACUACCACCCUGGCUGCUAGAAUCAAAAGCCAUCCUGUCUGGCCCCAGAAUAACCAAAAUAGGCCUUGCCAAUCUCAACAAACCAACAAUAGUAAUAUGGCCCACCUGAAUGUCAAUCUGUGUGAUAUUUUUACCCAGGAACCUGAAAAAGAGGAAGAAAGGUUAAGAAAAAGUGUAGCUUCAGAGCAAAAUCAGGAACUAGCACCAACCCAACCUAUCCCUAUGGACGAAAUUAUCUGA